AGCAUCCUUUUCCGUCAUGUUUUUAAUAUAGGAGACCUUACUAUUGAAGAAAAUACCGCUAGCCGUUAUGGACUGAUGUCAGAUCUCUCCAUUCACUGCAAUUCUUGUGAUGAAAGUACUCCUUGGCAGACAUCACCCAACCUUGCCAAGAAAGGCAAAUCAUUUGAUGUCAACCGGAGAGCUGUCUACCACUCAAUAGAAACUGGAAGUGGCUACGACGGACUCUCUUCUUUCUGUGCGAUAAUGAACAUGCCUUGUUUGUCAAGAGCUGCUUACUACAAGCAAGUUGAUGUAAUUUUGGAAGCACUGGAAAGUGAAGCAAAAGAAGAACUAAAAGGUGCAGGCCAAAGGCUCCGAAAGCUAAUCAUGGAGGAAAAUGGCAUCUCAGACAGCACCACAAUAAUUGAUGCUGCUGUUAGCUUUGAUGGCACUUGGGCCAAAAGAGGUUUCACAUCACUAACAGGUGUUGUUUUCGUCAUCUCAAUUGACACAGGAGAAGUUUUAGACUAUCACGUGAUGUCUAAAUCUUGCCGUAAGUGCUCCCUAAAGAACUCACAAUGUGAAGGGAAUGUGGAAGAGUUUGAAGAAUGGAGGAGGGAGCAUGUUGCAUCUGGAGAUUGUGACAUCAACUUCGAAGGAAGUUCACCUGCUAUGGAAGCAGAAGGAGCUUCUGUUCUUUGGAAUAGAUCCAUCGAACUUCAUAACAUGAGGUACAAAUGGAUGGUGUCAGACGGGGACAGUAAGGCCUUUAACACUGUUCAACAUGCCUAUGAUGACUGUGAAGUUAUUAAACUGGAUUGUGUAGGCCAUGUGCAGAAAAGGAUGGGCAAACAUUUAAUGAAUUUGAAGGCAUGCAGUAAGGGUAAACUUGCUGAUGGAAAACCUAUAGGAGGGCGUGGCCGGCUUACAGAAGGAAAGAUCAAGCAGCUUCAAAGGUACUAUGGCCUAGCAAUCCGGCAAAACACCUUGACCAAGGCAAAUCCCUCUGAACGGGAGGUUGACAUUGCAGUUUAUGCUAUGAAAAAAAAUAUUAUUGCCAUUCUCCAUCACUGUGUAAAUUCAACUGACAAUGCUAAACAACACCGCUUCUGUCCACCAGGUGAUUCAUCAUGGUGCAAAUGGCAACAGGACCAGGCAACAGGAACCAGUACCUACAAAGGAGAUGACUGUUUGCCCGAAGUCUUCGUGGAGACUCUAAAACCCACAUUUGUGUCAUUAAGUGACAGUAAACUUUUAGAAAGAUGUGUACGAGGAAAAACCCAGAACCCAAAUGAAAGCAUCAACGCAAUGGUUUGGGUCCGGUGUCCCAAACAUAAACACCAUGGAGUGAAAGUUGUCCAGUGUGCUGCUGCGUCUGCAGUCUGCCACUUCCACAGAGGUGCAGAAAGCAGAGAAAGAUUGAUGGAAAGGCUUUCAAUUCCUGGAGGUGCAUUUACUGAGGAUGCAUUUCGACUAAGAGAUAAUUCAAGGCUUCGGAAAGCUGAUAAGCAGGCAACGGCCAAGGAGAAGAAGCGCCGGCAGGGAUUGCAGCUUAUCCGUACUCAAAGAGAAGCGGCUCUUCGUGAAAAAGAAGAUGUUUCAUAUGAAGCUGGGGCAUUCUAACUCUUGCUCUUGCCUAUCCUAAUUAUAUUUGAACUUAUGGCUACUCAUUGACUUCAUAAUUUGAAUACAGGAGGUGUUUAAUUUUAAAAUCUUGUAACUUUAGGCCUUUUUUUCUCAAAACGUAUUUUUUAAUACUUGAGAAA